CAAAAGUAUUAUCCGAUGGUCCUGAUGGCUUUUGUCUUAAGCCUUCUUUUCCUUGACUACAAAUACUUCCGCCCGAAUAGCAUUAUUGGAAAUUGGGUGACAGAAUAUUAUGAUGAUAUCUCUCGAUUCGAGAAAUCAUUCCAGGUUGAGAAGAAAUUCUGGAAAUAUACUCAUGAAGGGAUCGAGCUCUCAUAUUACCUGAAGGAUAGGAUUGCUACCAAAGUUAAAUGCAUUCUAUUUAGAAAUUGUCAAAUCGACUCAGAACAACUGGUGAAUCGUAAGGUGUACACUUCAGCCAAGAAGAAUCAGGAAUGACACCACAACUUCGCUUCCAGCUCUUCUGGUGCAGUCUUGCUUGAGUCUCCUAAAGGGGCUACUGGAUCUGGGAAUAUUCUCAAAAAUGGAAAAGACGAGUACGUUAUAAUCCCGUGUUCUGCAAAGAAGGAAUUUGUCAUCUCCCUCAGUGAGGAUACAGUUAUUGAGAAAUUUCAAUUGCUCAGCCAGGAGGAAUUCUCAUCAAAGAUCGAACAAUUCGAUCUCUAUGGAUCGGACACCUACAAUAGUGAAGAACCCAAGUGGGAGAAGCUUGGUAGCUUCAUCGCUAAUAAUGAAUUUAAUGGAAUCUGGCAAAGUUUCAAGAUAAAGAAAGCAUGGAUCAGGUACAUUAAGUUUGAGUGGAAAACCUCCUUUGGUCCAUAUACGUUUUGAACCUUGACUCAGCUGAAAGUUUGAGGUAGGACCAUGGUCCAAGGACUCACUGAAGAUCUUAAAAGUAUGGAUUUGCUUAAAGAGGAAGAAACUCCCAAAGAGGAUCUGAAGGACAAACACCCUGUGAAAACGACUGAAUUUAAGCCUUUGAAAUAUAUUUUUGACGAUAACAUUACACAAACAAUAAUCGAAGACAUUUUCUUAUUUCGACAGCCAGAAUCAGAGUUCUUGAAUCUCAAGCCUGGCAUAUGAGAAGUAGGAAGUAUACUGCAUUAUCUCAAUGAAAAAUGACCUCCAAUGAAUAACUGUGGAGUCAGUGGAGUUCCCGCAACUAUCUACAAUCCAAAUAAUGAUAAAUUAAGUGAAAUUUUUGCCCGGAUUUUUCAAAAUUUGGAUUACAAGAUAAGGCAGUUAGGAAACAAAACCACCCAAAUGUUUACUGAUUUGAGGAUAGAAGCAUAUCACAGCAAACAAGAUAUUAAAAAGUAUUGAAAUAUUUUAAAAGACCAGAAGGACGAACAUCUCCAAUUCCAGCUUGAGGAAUUUAAGCAGAAACUGCUCAAACAAGAUGAAAUGCUAAGCAAACUUCAAUCACUUCUAUACUACCUCAUAAUAGCUAUAGCAGUCAUGUUUGUGCUCUUUUUCGGUACUAUAAUCCUGCAGCCAUGAUCUAAGGCUAAAGUACCUCCUCAGCCUAAGAGGUCUCAUAAGAAGAAAGACAAUAAUUAUGCCAAAGCUUCUCCUAAAAUCCCUCUGAUCUUGGAAAAGAACAUAAUUCCAGAAGAGAGUAAGAGUGCCGAGAACGAUAAGAGUCCUGAUCACUUCAUGACGCCUAGGCAUAGGAAAAGUAUUCUGAAAAUAAACAAAAGGAGGAAACUCAAGAAGACUAAGACCAUCAGCGAGAGGUUCCAUGCUGGAAACCUAAAAUAUAUGCAAUAUAUUGAGUAA